AAAAAUGCGGAACAUGGUCGGGAUGAGGGUGUGUCGAAGAAUAAGAGAGAGAGGAUAACGGAAGAGGUGGACGAAGGGAAUAGGCUAGUGCUUCAAAUGCAAGAUGGACAACUCGCUAAAAAGCUCGUUUAUCAAGCAAUUGACCGAACGAGCUAGAUAAAAUAUUUAAAACUCAUUUACUAAACGAGCUGGUUUGACUCCUCUGUGUGACCCACUUUUAUAUAGAAAAAUCACAAAAAUACCUUCUUAGGAAAAUAUAUUACUUAAAUACCCCCGAACGCAAACCUUCUGAUGGGCUCAUACCAGAAUCUCGGGGCCAAACCUUACCUCCGACAGGCCCAGGAUUUCAUACCACUACGAUUGCUCAUAUUUACUAAUAAUGCCCUCUGAUAUUACUAUAAAUAUGACACCUAAUCAUUGCUCAUAUUUACUAAUAAUGCCCUCAGUUAUUUUGUUGAAUUUGGAUUUGUAAGGUUUAUGAAAAUUUGAUGGUGGAAUGCAAAUAUUUCAGGCUCCUCAGGGGAGAAAUGUGGUUCGCGCUACUGGGGCUCGUCGUAUGCGUAGGAGGCCAACGACCAGGGCUAGUACAUCUUCAGCUGCAGCAGCUGUUGAAGGAAGGCUUUUAGGAGUCAUGGACGAUAGAGGAAAGUACAUAUAUAUCUCACUUGAAGAAAUGGAAGUUGUUGAUGAUUAUAUCAAGCGUGAAGGCAGGGUUAGCCCGAGGGUGGCGUGCCCCAUAUCAUAUACGGAGUAUGUUUUUACAAAAACAUAUCACCUCAUUAAACGACAAAAUAGUGAUAAGACAAGCAUUAAAAUAGGCGCCAUUUUUCAAAAACAGAUGUCAUUUUCCAAAAAAUUUGAUUUUGUCCUUUAGCGUUUGUCUUUAGCCUAUUUUGUCGUUUAGCGGGGUGAUAUGUUUUUGUAAAAACAUAUUUGAGAUGGAUAUAUAUUUCCUCGGGUUAGCCCUAUGUGAUAGUUGUGAUUCGCAUAAUGCAUACGUAAAGUUGUUGAUGUAAAAAGAGAGAAAUAGGUUGGGAAGAUGGGUUAAAAAAAAGAGAAAAGAAAAGGGCUUUAGUAAACUCCAAUCUAUUGAAUGUUGAUGUAACAUCAACUUAGAUAUUGCUUCUUCUAAUCAAUAAUUAGGAAAAGCUUCUAGUCUGUGCUUAUUGUAUACUCGUUUUGCAAUUCCAAUACAAUUUCUGCUGUUUGGUUAGUUUUUGGGUACUCAAAGAUUCUGCAUCAAUUUUUUUGGUCUCUUUAAUUAGGAUAAAUAAAGUUUGAAAGCAAGUAAUCUGAACUUAUUAGUGACUAGCCAUUUUACGAACCAAAAUUUAUUUAUCUAGAACUUAUUGGCUCAUAUUUAAACGUAUCAACACUUGUUGGCCCUUAUCUGUUUUGUUUUUUUUCUUGAAACGUAUUGCUU